CUACUUCGUACAACCGCCAACCAUGUGGUGGCCACGUCCAUCCGUCAUGGCAUCCUCCUGGUAUUCCCGCAUUUCAUUUCCAUCCGUGAUGCUGUCCGUCGAUCAAGUCCUCGGCUCAUUUUACCUUCAACGGUCUCCUUCCGGAGUAACCACUAACCAGUCGCUAGAAUCAGGAAUUCAUUGCUAUCCUGAUGGAGCCGGUUACCGGACCCUCCUCCGACACCCCGUCGGACUGGGUCCAGGAGCAGUUAGCUUGUGAUUUUCUAGUCCCUGUCUCGUGCGGCUCUAUACCAGGAUAUGACCCCUCUUUACGAACAGAUAUCGUUCGGCCAUGGUAUCCCCCAUGAUGGCAAUUUCCCUGAACCAAUCGGUCCCCUAAUAUCACUCUCAUCCUAGGGCACGCUAACCCCAAGCGUCUCGUUGGUCUCAAGUAUUUGCAAUUAUGGAGAGAUUGCUAUCCUGUUUAAACUCGGUAAACUCUGAGCCCCCCAAUUGUCAUUUCCUAGUUGUGCGCGGGCAGACUUGGUUGUACCAGUUCUGUGGUGGUGAGACGCUGGAUGCCCGGAAUGCUUGCCAAUUUUCCCCGGGCUGUCCGUAUAUUUAACUCCAGCCGGUUUUCUCGCUAUGAUAUUUUUUGGUCCCUCUUUUCUCUCUCUCUCCGGUUGUCCAACCUGUUCUCCUGUUCGUAGGAACGGUCCAAGCAGGCGUUUUUGUCUGCGUCCUUUCGUUGACUUGUUUGCACACACGCUCUCUUUAGCUAGACAUACCUAUUGAAUUGGCCUCUGGCCGCUUGUCAUUCCCUUUCUCAAUCACAUUCUUUUUACCUUUUGCGGUCUUGGUCUUCUGAAAGAGAAAAGAAGAGUCAUGGUUUCCCAGAAGGCUCUCGCCGUGGUCGUGGCAGUCUCAUGUCUCGCCUCGCCAGCGUUUGCUUUUGAUGCCCAGUCAAAAUCUAACGUUGCCGUCUAUUACGGUCAAGGAAAUGAUCAACCUCGCCUUAGAGAAGUCUGUCAAGAUACUUCGAUAGACAUCAUUAACCUGGGCUUCAUCAACGUAUUCCCCGGCCAGGGUGCCGGCGGAUGGCCUGGCAGUAACUUUGCCAAUCAGUGCGAUGGCAACACUUACGAGAUCGGCGGGGUCAAAACGCAGCUUCUUUCUGGCUGCCAUCAAUUGGUAGAGGACAUUCCCCUUUGCCAGGCAGCGGGCAAGAAAGUUCUGCUGUCGUUAGGGGGCGCAAGUCCUGACAGCCAAAGGAUCUUGUCUGAAAUGGAUGCGCUUCUAUUUACCGACUUUCUUUGGGGAGCUUUCGGACCUAUCGACGAUGCGUGGGUGGCCAUGGAUGGUCCUCGCCCUUUCGGUGAUGUUGUUGUUGAUGGGUUUGACUUUGAUAUUGAGCACAACGGUGGCUUUGGCUAUGCCACCAUGAUCGAUCGAUUCCGGGAACACUUCGGUCUGGUCCCUGACCGUACCUUCUACAUCUCUGGCGCACCCCAGUGCUCAAUCCCCGACCAACAAUUGGGCCUCGCAAUCGCCGCGUCUGUCUUUGACUUUGUCUGGGUCCAGUUCUACAACACCGCAGGAUGCUCUGCCCGGGACUUUUUCAACGUUGCCGGAAGCGGCAAUGGUGGCUUCAACUAUGAUGCAUGGGUCAACGUCAUUGAGAACGGGGGCAAUCGCGCGGCGAAGUUGUAUAUUGGACUUCCGGCAAGCGAGAACGCUGCCAAUCCGGGAUACUAUCUCACUCCCGAAGAGGUCGACGUUCUGGUUGCACAGUAUAUGGGUCGUUACCCGGAUACCUUCGGUGGCAUCAUGCUUUGGGAGGCCACUGCAUCGGAGCGAAACCAGAUCAACGGAACUGCCUAUGCGGAGCAUAUGAAGGACAUCCUGGUCAAACGCGAUCCCGCGCACCCUACUCCCACUGCGAUCCCUUCCAGCACCAUCCCGGUCACGUCCAGCAUGCCUAUCUCCUCGGGGACAACGUCUACUCCAGUCACUGUGUCACCAACUUCCUCAUCUAUUGCCACCACAUCGCCGUCGCAUACCAGCCGCCCAAGCUCUCAUCCCAGUCCGUCGGCCACUACGAAGGUGACCAGCACGCUUACUCCCUCGAGGUCCCCGGUCACUUCCGGAAGACCCAGCCCAUCGACCUCGCCGGUCACGUCUCGAACCAGGUCCACCCCGGUGAUACGAACGUCAACAGUCUCGACCAUCACCAGUCAUUCUAGCAGCUCGGUGCCAUCUAGAACGCCCACGUCGCGCCACCCGAGCCCAUCAACCAGUGCGAGUGCCUCCAGUACUCGUGUCUCUUCCGGCUCGCAUAUCAGUUCGGGACGACCCAGCUCGACGACUUGGACCUCCCAAGUGUCGUCUACCAUCUCGCACACCUCCGAGGCCACCACUUUGAGCCCCUCAGGGAACCACCCUAGCAGCAGCGGCCAAUCAUAUACUAUUCCAUCGCAGGGAGCCACCGCUUCGUCUUCAAAUGAGACCGGCAAGCCAACGGGGUCGCCCACCGGCACUGCAUCCAAUCAUGGAAGCGGCACUAUCACGAUGCCCCCUGGCGUCACGAAUGGGCCCCAGACGACGACGGCUCCAGCUAACCCCAAUGGCUCCAGUUCCGAGGGCGUCACCGUCACGACCGUAAUUGUCACUUCGUAUACCAGCAUCUGCCCGACAGGGUUCACCACGAUUACCACGACCUACACGACGACGUACUGUCCUGGAACGAUCCCCGCCACGGCCACGGUUACCAAUCCUCCCCCGGGAUCGGCGGCACAGACGACAGCUCCCAGCCCGCCCGAGGGAUGGACGACGACGGUGACCGUUUGCACGCAAUGCGCGGCAACCCCUACGACGGUGACUCUCACCUUGCCAGUCACUGCCACCGUGACCAACCGUCCGUCUGCCCUCGAGUCGCAGACUACCGCUCCUGCUGCUGCUGCUCCCCCUCCACCGGCGGGAUGGACCACAACGGUAACGGUGUGCACUCGAUGCGGACCGUCGCCUACCACGUUGACUCUUACCAUGCCCGUCAGUGCGGUGACCGAGACCGUACCCGGAUCUGGCCCAUCGGUCGGCAUUGGUCCAGAAGGGGGCGCCGGCACGCCUUCUAACGCGGACACCACUUAUACUCAUUAUCUUCGUCCUGUGCCCACCCAGCGCCCUGUCCUUGGAACUGGAAUCGCCCAUCCUCGCCCUUCGUCAUCGACUUUGUUUGUGCGGCCCUCGCCCAGUGAAUCGCGGGUGCCGGUAGCUCCGAGUACAACGGUCGAGCAUCCGGCGCCCGUGUUCACCGGCGCAGCACCGCGCCAGGCUAGACUCAGCCACGCAGCCGGCGCCUUGCUAGCUGUGGCUCUGCCCGUGCUCAUGAUGAUGUGA